CAUCCAGAAGCGGAAGAGUCGAGUUCCCUUUUGCAGACAGCGGUUUCAGUGCUGCAAAGCUCCUACUUGGACUCCACAUCUCAGGACGGUUUUCAGUACAGCCAAGCAAUUCUGGUAGAAAACGAUGUUUUCCUAAGUGAGCUCAAAGCUUUUGCCCAAGCAAAGGAAGCCGCUGGGUACAGCCAGGAGGAGCUGGAGGAGACCUUUGCAUUUCUCCUGUUUGAUAACGAAGAAGAGGCAAAAGAGGUGUGUCACACAGGCCUCCGUGUAAACAGCAGUUCUAUUUCCACACUUGGCGACCCAGCAAAAGGGGUUUAUAUUUCCAAGUAUGCAGACUGUCUUCAUCCGAGACCCUGGUAUCAUGGAAAAUCAGGCUAUAUUGUCAUUUGUAAGCUAAUUAAGGGGAAGGUCAAGGUGGUAUCUGAGAAUUACACAACCAGCUAUACCUGUCCAUCUCCUGGCUAUGACUGCCACGUCGCCGUGAGCAGAAACAACAUACCAUCGAAGACCAGCCACUGCCAGGCCUUCGAGCAGAGCCAGUAUUAUGUGUAUGAAGUGUCCGAUGGCAGCACUGCAGAGCGGCCCAGGCAGAUCUGCCCGUACAUAGUCAUCUCCUGCCAGUACAGGGAGCCGAAGGAAAUGCCCGUCUUAGCUAUAGAGAACCUACCUGAGCUUAACCACAAAGCAUUGUACUGUCCAUGGAGGGGGCAGCUCUCCAUCCAGGGCCAACUUUUGUGCAACAUCGCCCUGAGGACCCCAUACAGCUCCACGAUUCCAGCCCAGCUGCCUCCCAACCUGGACAUUAACCACGUCAUGGGUUUGUCCGACUUGAAGAAAAAGCUGCCAGAAGCUGCAUUUGGGAAAAGAAAUUACAUUGAGAAUGAAGUCUGCUUUCAGGGUGUUUACUUCAGUCUGUAUGAAGUAGAAAUAUCAAAGAAGGAUCAAUAUAAAAUGGACCAGUUAGUAGAAAACCUAAAGGAAAAGGACUUGGCAAUCAUCAAAUAUUUACAAGAUCAAGGGGUCCUUAUCCUCCUCACGUCCUCUGCCUUGGCACGAGAUGAUGGGUUCGACCCUAAGGAGCCUGUCAGCCUCCUGGCCCUGUUUCUGUUCACCUCAUCGCGGUCGGUGUGCCUGAGAGUUGAAAAGGAGGAUCCCAAAGAUGAAAGGGAAGAUAGUGACGACAGUGACAUCUCAUUAAAAAUAGCCUCAGUUUUGCCUGGACUUCGCUAUGCCUUACAGAAAGCCACCAGUUCUUCAGGGGAGGACACAGUCAGCACCAGCAUAUGUAUCAAACAGCGCUUCCAGGAAUAUGCAAAGCUUGAUCAAAAUGCACAGCCCACCUCUGGCCAAACCAGUGAAGUUCCCCUUUCUUCUCUCCUCUCACCAACCGAGGAUGAAUGUACUAAUCCCUUCAAAAAACACUCAGAACGGUCCUUCUCCCAACUGCAGCAUUAUCUCUCCGAUCCCAGCAGCUAUACUCUGGAAAUGUCAGCUGCCUUAGGAUGUUUGACUGGUGCUGUUCAGUCUCUUUGCUGCGAUUCAGAGGCUGAUUGUAAAGGGCACUUCUCUUCAGCUGUGCCAUCAGACCCUAUUCCUCCCAACACAGCAGCAGAAAUAAAAGUCAAAAGUGACAACCCAAAGCCCAUGGUGGGGCUGGACCAGAGUGGUGAAAGGCCCACAAAAGACAUCAACUCGGCCAGCAAGCUAUGGGUGCACCAGAGCAGGAGAAAAUCCAGCCGAGCCGUUGUGACCAGCACCAGGAAGAAAUGGUCACCCCUCAAAAUGCAAAUGCAUCCUGUGGGGGACAGCAGCAGGAACAGGAAAGUAACCAAGAAGAAGAAAAUCAGCAUUGCUUUCUCUUUUCCUAAAAAGCCAGGGCUCACGGCCAAUCCCAAUGAGCCCAUGCUUAAAUUAGCCAAUUUGCAGUUUCCCCACAGAAGGAAAAGAGGUGCGGAGGUCCUGUCUGCAGAAUUUGUACACAAAACACAGUCUGAACCUGUUCAGAAGGAAACCUCAGCUCCCGAUGAUCCUGGCUUGGAAACAAAGAGACCAAAGACACUGAAGAACCCGGACAUCAAAAACCUUCCUGUUGAUGAGACUGUCACGAAGCCAGAGAAAAACUGGAAGGAGCCAUCCUCUGUCCUCCCGAGCGAGGUUUCUUCCCAAUGCCACGGAGCAGAUAGCCAAACGAGUGAGAUUUACCCAGGCGGGGUUGCUGAUCUCGGUUUUGAUCUGAAGGGGGACAACUACGAGUCCCACGCCUUGAACUUGCUGGCUGAUCUGGCUCUGGGUUCUUGUAUUCCUUCAUUUAUCCCCAGGGACAGCAGGAUGAUUGCUGUGUCCUGCAGCCCCUCCAGCGACUCUGCAAACGAGCAGCAGGGUAAUCGCAAGCACAAAUCCUUGCGUGUUGCUUCCGACCAUGAAUACCACAGGGUAGACAAGCUUGCAAAGGGAGCCACCUCUCCUAACUGGAAGGAGCCAUCCUCUGUCCUCCCGAGCGAGGUUUCUUCCCAAUGCCACGGAGCAGAUAGCCAAACGAGUGAGAUUUACCCAGGCGGGGUUGCUGAUCUCGGUUUUGAUCUGAAGGGGGACAACUACGAGUCCCACGCCUUGAACUUGCUGGCUGAUCUGGCUCUGGGUUCUUGUAUUCCUUCAUUUAUCCCCAGGGACAGCAGGAUGAUUGCUGUGUCCUGCAGCCCCUCCAGCGACUCUGCAAACGAGCAGCAGGGUAAUCGCAAGCACAAAUCCUUGCGUGUUGCUUCCGACCAUGAAUACCACAGGGUAGACAAGCUUGCAAAGGGAGCCACCUCUCCUAGCAAAGUAUCGCCGAACCAGUCUGAAAAAAUAUUCUUAAAUGACUUAGCCUCUAUUCCCAGGGAGAAAAGCCCUGGCAUUUUGAACAAGAAGAACAGUGCAAGCCCCAGCCCUGCAAAACGCCAUGUGUUGCCUCCAAGAGAGACUCAAGAAGCUGCCGAGGUGAACAAACACUCCUUCAUCUCCGCCGAGCACUCAUACGCCUCGCAGAUGCCUGAGCACUCAAAGAAACACAUGUAUCCUAGAAAUGCCCCCUACCCUGGACCAGCAGCCUCCAGAAACGGGACCAGGAACACCCGAGCAGGACCACUUGUUGGGAAAGUCCUGCCUUUCCGCCACCAGCAGAACAACACCCACCACCAGCGACCCUUUGAGGCUGUGAUGAUGAGGCACAGGAGCAGCCUGCUCUCCCCCAGGAUGAAGGAGGACUUUGCCAAGUCCCACACAGUGAACAUCUGUGGCGAGUCCGUGAAGGUGAUGUGCCAUUGGGAGGCAGAGUAUCUCUUCAACCUGGACAGCAGGUACACCAACGAUGCCCUGGAGAAAACAGUCAUCCGUGCCCUGCAUGGGCCCUGGGACCCUGAUCUGCCUGAUGACGUGGAAGAGAUGAAGCUGAUACUUCAUAUGUGGGUGGCUCUCUUCUACAGCAAACCCAGCAAACUCCUGAGCAGCACGAGGAAGGUGGUGGAGCACAGCAACCCCGAGAAGUACGUCUCAAUAAACAGCACUGGGGACUUUCUUGAGCUGAGUGAUGAUGGUGAGGAUUGUUUUGGGUUGGAGACAUGCCCUGCAGACUCUCGGUCAGACCCUGAGCAGACUCCCAGCAGCUCUCUGGAUCACAGCACGCAUUGCCAGGGACCUUUCUGCCCAGAGGAGAGCCCUGCAGACUCUCAGACUGAUGCUGAUGGGACUCCUGGUGUUGUCGAUAGCACGGUAUCGUCUUCUUCUGAGGAGCUGCCCUGUGGGGAGGAGGAGCCUUCCUCCACAAGCUGUCCCGAGAACCUUUCCCUUGCUGAACAGGCCGAUGAGAGCCUGGCUGUGAAAGACAGGCAGCCGGCGGUCGUUCCUGAGGAGUGUGUGCAUGACGUCUCAACCAUCACUGCGGAGGAGCCACCUAAGGAGGGACUGCUGGACACUACGAUUGCCCCCAGCCCUUCCAAUGAGCUCAGCAAUGACGGCAAGCCCCCGGCUGCGCUGGGCAGGGAAAACCCACACAGCCAAGCCCCAAAUCCCAGUACAGCACCCUGGAGUGAUGCACCGAGUGUGCUGUGUGAGCAAGAGAGUGGGUGGGCAGCAGGGUCAGGGGGUGGCCCCGGCCCUCCUGAGGACAGGGAGAGCAUGGGGGAUGCUGGGCACGGUAUGGAGGUUGAGGACAGCAGCUGGGCCACCAGCGACGGACUGCAACGUGCCUGUGAUUCAGUGCCCUUAGAAGUGCAUCCCAGAAGUGCAGAGCCUGAUGGAGCCGGUGGGGAAGGGAGGGAAUCACAAGACCUCUUUGGACAUCCAGAAAAAGAGGAGGAAGAGGUGGAGGAGGGGAAAAAAGAAAAAGAGGACUCCGAAUAUGGAAGCACAGUCCUGAGGUCUGUUGAUUUAGCAUUUUCUGAAAGCGGUGAUGCUGACAUGGAGCACGAACACAGUGAGCAGAAGUCAGUGAAUUCAGCAUGUGUGAGGGACCUUGGCCUUCCUGAAGAGGGCCCUGUGCCCAGCCCCACUGCCUUAGCGUCUUCCUGCCCAGGCAGAUCGACACCAGUGCUGUCAGAUGGGACUGGGACUGGCCCUCAGGGGCUUCCUGGUGAGAUGGCACCAAGUCUGGACACACUGCAAGAGCCUUGGGAGGCUCCAGCCGCCUUGGGUAUGGAGACAAACGGUGUUGGUUUGGCACGUGCAGCCAGUCCAGCCGAUGCGGGGUCACCCUGUGACAGCGGGUUGAUGCUGCCGUUACCGUCUGAUCCGAGCCUUGCCUGUGGGACACAGCCAGACAGUGUUACAGGCAAUGUGGGACCUGCCGGAGAGACGCUCAGGGACAGCUUGGAGCAGAAAGACAAGGAUUGUGCGCCCUCUGCAGAAACGUGGGUGCCUGCUGGGAGCAAAGCUGCCGGCACAGCUGGCCUUGAGUCACCCUGCGGCCAGGGACUGUCACUGACCUUGUCCCCUGACUCCAGCUCUGUCUGCCUCACGUCUCUUGAUGGAGCAACAGAUCCAGGGGCUGCUCAAGAGGACCAGGAGGUCAUGGCAAGCAUCCAGUCUCCAUCGCAGAGUGGUCUGGGAGGGAGCAGCUGCCUUUCCCAAAGGUGUGGAGGUGAUGUUUAUGCUGACCUCGCCUUGCUGAGCACCGGUGAAUCAAACCAAGACAGGAACAAGUUUUUGGUGGAAGAAGAGCAGAGCAGCCCUUCUGCUAACCAGGCAGAUGUGCUGGAUGAGUCCUUGGGAGCGGGUGACGGGCAGGGCUUUGCCUUUGACUAUACAGCCUUAGCAAGUGACUCUGAAGCUGGGGAGAGAGAUGAUGUGUGCCUCGGUGCAGAGAAUUCCCCCAGGAGCAAUGAAACGAACACAGGGAUGGUCACUAACCCACCGCAGGAGCCAGAGAGCUCCCUUCAUGACCUGCUGGAAUCAGAGCCCUCAUCCUCGGUGAGAGAGGGGAUGUCUGCCAUGAAGGAGCACCCCGGGCAGCAGCAGAGCUCCCCCCCUGCCUGUGCAGGCUGUGUUCCUGCUUCUCCCCCUCAGCAGAACCCUCUCCCCUGUGGCAGAGACACAGACCCCCUCCACCAUUUGUUAGAGCAAAGCGAGCAGGGGCCAGUCCUGUGCCAACACGGGAAGUCCUGCGAGCAAGUAGGUGCUGCAGAGGUGAGCGUGGCUGUCGACAGCCCGGAUGGCUCCUCAAAGCCCAGAUGUGCAGAAGAGGUGAAAAAAGACAUGGGUCCGUGCUAUGCAGAGCCAACGGAGAGCUCCCCCGCAGAUGAGCUUGUGCCAGGUGACCCGAAAUCAAUGCCUCCUUCUCCUUUGCGUGGUCACAAGGCGGGUCUGCACAGCCCUGAGCAGUACUCAGUCCUUGGCAUGCACCCCAGGACGCUCUCUCCUGGCACGAGUCUGGCUCCAGACAGUGCCCCAAGGUCCUGCUGCACGGGCACCUGCCCCAGGUGUGCCAGCCCUGGGGGCCGAGCGGUGGGUGCGGUAGGGAGCCACGAGGAGGAACCCAUCCUGCCUGAGGAUUCAGAAGGAGGAAGCAGUGACCCUCUUGCCAGUCCUGCAUCUUUUUCGGCAGGGGAGUUGCUCAUGCCACUGUGCAAACCCCAGUCUGUGUGCAACCAGGGCGAGCACGAGGCUGAGGGAUCCGACGCGUUUGCUGAUCUGCACCGUGCCAGCAUGGAGGUGGGAGAGGGAGAAAUGCCCACUCUCCCCUUCCCAGUGCUGCCAUUACGUGUGCACAGUGGGGUCCCUGGAGAAAGCCUGGAGCUUAGUGACACUGAGGAUAUUUCAGACGUGCUCCUGAGGGCAAAGCAGCUCCCCAACAAAGGCAGAUGCAUGGGCUCUGUCUUUGCCUCUGAAGAUCUGUUUGAGACUUCCUCCAGUGACUCGGACCAGGAUUAUUUUGAGGGGACUUCACAGUCCCUGCUUACAAGAUCCAUGGAUGCUAUAGGCGCAAGGACUAACUGCGACUCCUCCUCCCUGAGCUCGGUGCACACGGAGGGGUGCAGCGAGGACUGGGGCUCGCUGGGCAUGGAGUGGGGCUGCUCGUGGGCUGAGCGCGGCUGGCCCAUUGGCCUGGGGGAAACCAGCAGCGGGCACGUUCCACCGUAUGUCAAUAUUAGGGACAGCCAGGGGAUCACCAAGGACUACCGGAAUUUUGUGGUCACCAAAAAGUAUCAGGGGAGGGUGGGAGAUUUGCAGCCUUCAAAGAGGCGUAGCCACUGUGCAGGGCAGUCUCAUUUGUUAAGGUCACUGAUGGGGACUUGGAGGGGUUUUGAGGAAAUCACCCAGCACACUUUGGACAUGGAGUGUCUCCGUUUCCAUUAUAAGCUAAAACAAAUCCUAAGGAGUGGGAAACCACCCUUUUCUACCUCCAAAAGCAUCUUUCCAAAAGACUUUCCUCCGCAGGUGAUGUCUGAGACAUUGCCUGUGCAAGAAGCUCCCAUCCCGCUCUCCCCACGGAGCAGGAGCCCUUUGCAGGUGACGAUCCUGCCCUCUGACACGUGGCCGAGCGGGCUCGGCUGGCACCGGCAAAGCAGCUGGCAUGGGGACCCGUGUACCCUGUGUCAGGACACCCUCUGUGAUGAGAGGGGCAGGGCCAGAUCCCGAACCCAGAGCCAGGGCCGCGCGGCUCCCUUCCACCUCAGCAAGCUCAAAUACGAUAAUAAGCUAAAGGACUCACGGGGGGACAUUGCUGUCAUCCUUGACGAGUACGCCGAGUUCAACAGGGUGAUGCUGAGCAGAGCUGACACGGGGAGCGAGGGCGGAGGGCCGGUCCCGGCGCACGGGGAGGCUGCGAGUGAGUGGACGUGCACGUCCCUUCCCAGGAGGAUGGCUGCCUUCGAGGAGAUGAUCACGGACCUCUGCAGCACGCUGCGUUUCCGCCUGCGCAGCGUGGCCAAGGAGGCCUGCGGCCGCACUGGCAUGUUCUACCUGGUGGAGACGGGCGAGGACCCUUUCUUUGCAAGAGUGAAGACCUUGCUGAAGAAAGACGGCCACGUGGAGAUUGAGCCUCUGAGCUUCUGCGAAGCAAAACACCUGGACACGGACAGGCUGCUCGUCGUCAUCAGGAAUGAGGACAUUUCCUUGCACAUCCACAAUGUCCCGUGCUUGCUGGAGCUAAAGCACUGUCCCAACGUGCUGUUUGCCGGAGUGGACAGCCCUGAAGAUAUAACCGGUCGCACGUACCAGGAGCUGUUUCAUACCGGUGGCUUCGUGGUGUCGGACAACGAGGUGUUGGAAACGGUGACACUGGGCCAACUGAAAGAGGUGGUGAAGGUGCUGGAGAAGCUGAACAGAAGCGGGAGGUGGAAGUGGCUCCUUCACUACAAGGAGAGCAAGAAGCUCCGAGAAGACGUCAGGGUGGACACCAACGCCCGCAAGAAGCACCUGAUCCUCAAAUCGUGUCAAGGAGCCGAUCUCAUCGAGGUGCUGCACUACCACGCCUGCGACUCCGGGUCGUCCCCUAAAUCUGAGUACGUCAAGUGCUUGUUGAACCUGCAGGUCCAGCGCGUGGGCACCAGGUUCGCUGUCUAUCUCACAGGUAAGGACCGUCUUCAGUUGGCCUGGCAGGCGGGGGAGGAAAACACCCCGUUUGCUCCCAUUUCUGCCGAAAUCGUGGGUAAGGGGUGA